UUUAAAUUGCGCCCGUUCCGUUCCCAAGUUCCCUCCAUUUUCCACAACCUAAAAAUGUAAAAAAGUACCGGUUAACGGGAUAGUCAACUCCCCAUUUAUUUGGAUAUAGCAAACUGAGUUUACCGCAAAUGUUGAAAAGUAUCGCGAAUAUUUCCAGUUUUAUUAAAAGGAUCGUGCAAAAACUAUAAAUAAUAAUGGAUUUCAACGACCUCGAAGUAAUCGACGUUAACAAGGCUUUAAUGCAUUUUACAUGCCAGAAAAGCCAUACAAAAAUAAUAAUAAAUGCAGGACUUUCCUGCACCUAUGAAGGUGCCCGUCUUCCCCAAGUUGCGACCAAAUUCGAUCUGGACAGAGUCGUUCGUCAUCGCGACGAUGAAUACGUCAACGAUGCGUGCAUAAUAUCCUUGUGUCACGAGGAGGACCCCGAGAACCCAAGCAAUAUCCAGCCGGAUGAUAAUAUGUCCAAUUUAUCAAGAAUUAUUAUAAAAUACAAGUUAGGAUGUAGCGACUUGAUGGCAAUUACCAAGAUGUAUGAAUAUGUCAAAGGAACAGUCCCUCCACAAGUAAAUCUCUCGCAAUUUAUACUUAAAUACAUCGAGGAUUUUCUCUCAAAGAAGGAGAUUGAAGCGACUGAGAUAAAUUGUAAUGUUCAGCAGCUUCCUCAAUUCACAAGUCUGACAAUUUCUCAAUGCAAACAGAUACAAGUACAAGGGGACAUGUACAAGGAGUUCCCGUAUUGGAGCUUUGGAACACGUUGGUCACUGAAAUAUGAGGUGUUGAUCGGAGAACUUUUUGUACAUCCGAAAUUUGGAACAAUCUGCUUGAAAGAUACAGAUUCAACUGUCGGUUGUAUCGUCGUCAAGAAUUUUUUAGACGAAUUGAAGGACAUCAUCAAUAAGCCUGUGUACAUCGAGAACUAUUGUAUUAUUUCGGAGAUUUUCAAUCCGAAUAACAAGUUUAACCUCGAAUACUUAUAUGUGAAUUUCGAUGAUAUCCAUGUACUGGAAAAUAAACGUCGAGGAGAGUUUGAAGAUCCGACCUUAAAAUUCAAGAUGUCCUUUCUUUUGUUGAACAAAAGUAACGUCACUUACACGCCGGAAAAAGGAUAUCAUUUCUGGCUCGAGAUAAAAAAUCUCAAGUAUUACAGUGAAAAUAUCAACAGGUGUUUUUUGUGUUUACCUGAACAGUUGAUCGAACAAUGGCCGGAAUUGGAAGCUUCUCGUUUUUAUACAUUGAAAUUCGCCAAGGAUUUAACCCAGACGAGGGAUUACGAAUAUAACAGGAUCAAUCCAAGAUUACCCCAACUGAUGUUGAGAAGAAAUAACUUGGCCACGAUAAGUUUCAACGAUGAUUAUUCCCAACCUCAACAGUUGGAAUUUUUGAACUCCGAGACCCUCCCGAGAAUACUUGAAACCACGGGAUUGGUGAGCUUUCAAGCGGUCUUGAAGUAUAGGAAGUUCAAUCCGAACAACAGUUCCAGAACUAUGUUGUCGAAUAUUCCCCCAAUUUUUGGCACCGUGGGCGAGAAAACCCACAUCUUGGACUUCCAAGUGGAUAACAUCAAGACUUUGGCCGUCUAUUUGAACAACUGGGAGAGGAUGGCGACCCCCAUAGGUCUCAUACCUGGUGUUUUGGUGAAUGUUAAAAAUGUUGUCGUCCAGAGAAGUUACUGCAAAUCCACCGCUCUAACUUCCUUCGAAAUUGUCGCAUAUAGGCCUCCUUGCAAGUUCCAAACGGCUAGACUUUUAUCGGACGACGACUGGGGGUUGAGGUAUUACUUGGGUGGCCCCAAUACCAUCCCUAACGGUGUACUGGUUCAUUCCACCAUCAACACUUACCAUGUGAUCAAAAUGCACCUAAAAAGAAGCUGUGAAGAAUGUGGUUACAUGUCGAGGAUUAAAGGAAAUAUGUGUGUGUCGUGUAAAGGAAAAAUGGUAACCAUCUGCGAUCUUCUUGUAAGGGUCACAGACAAACGAGGAGACUCAAAAAUUACCAUUAAGAAACUAGAGAUGGCUAAAGCCUUUUUAGGGAUGAAAGAUGAGACUUGGAACUCCUUCCUCGAAGAUUUAGAAGAGAUAGGACAAUAUAAUUUUCUAAGAUAUGAUAAAUAUGUGAACCAUGCUCUAAGUAGCAAACAAGUGAAAUUCAUAAACCAUAUGAAUUUUAUUGUGAAGAAAGGAGAAAAGGUACGUGGCAGAUGGAUCCAUUUGUUGUGCCGAAAGUUGGACAAUUCAAGAAAUUUUAAAAAAGAAGAACCUCUAUGGUUUUGUGUAAGAGCAUGGAUAUCCUUCCAUAAGUGAUUUUUUUUUUCAUUG